CAUGCAGGCAGCAGCCGGGACUCGGGAGAGGAGCAGAGAGAGAGAGACGGAGAAGGAAACGAGAAGCGACUCGGAUGAUUUAAUCUGCCGUCGGGGACGGAAAGCAGCUCGCGCGAGAUAUUCCUUAAUAUUGGCAUAAAGAAGGCACCGCAACCAGAGGUGUGACUUUUCUAAAAAGACUGAUACCCUGAGCGUACCUGUGCUGCUUUCAGAACAACGGCAGGUGAACUGAGUGAGGUGUGUAGUUAGUGCUCACCUUUAGAUCACUCUUCAAAGGUCUUGGUGUAAGGUGAAGCGGGGGGGCUGAGAGGCAAGCGCAUGAGGAAGGGGCGUCUGGAGACCCCUGUCCCCACACACAGCGCUUGCGCACGCACACGUUCAACAUUAGUUAAAGGGAGACACGUCCACCAGCACCAAUGAGGUCUAGCCGCUCCUUUGGAAACGAUGACCGCCACGUCAUGGCGAAACACUCCACCAUCUACCCGUCCUCUGAGACACUGGAAGCUGUGCAGAGCCUUGUCUCCACUGUUGAGUGCGCUCUGAAACACGUCUCCGAUUGGAUGGACCAGUCGCAGGCUGAGCAGCCGAAUCAGUCCAGUGGGCAGGAGGAGGAGACCGAGGCCAGUGCUGAUGAAUCAGCAGAGGAAAGCACCAAUAGUAGUAGUAGCAGCAGUAGUGGGGGUGAUGGCAAGGUGCUGUGUGGGGUGAUGCGGAUCGGUCUGGUGGCUAAAGGACUGCUCAUUAAAGAUGACAUGGACCUGGAGCUGGUGCUCAUGUGUCGGGAGAAACCCACAGACCCACUGCUGCGCGCCGUCUGUGAUAACCUCCCUCUGCAGAUAGAGAAACUAACAGAAGAGAAGUACGAGGUUGAAUGCAGUAUCCCUGAGGCGGCCAUUUUGAUUCGCAGUACAGGAGAGCUCAAACUCACACUGAAGGUCGCCCUCACCUCUCCACAAAUCAGAGAGGAUGGCGAGACAGGAGAGCAAGAGAGCGUUGUUGAGGCGAGCGAGCCGUCGGACCUGCUGGAUAGACAGAGGUGCCUGGUGGCGCUGGCCUCUCUGCGACAUACUAAAUGGUUCCAGGCAAGAGUAAACGGCUUAAAAUCAGGAGUGAUCGUUUUACGGAUUCUGAGGGACAUGUGCAACCGAGUGCCAGCCUGGGAACCUCUCAAAGGAUGGCCGCUGGAGCUGCUGUGUGAGAAGGCCAUUGCAACGUGUAACCGGCCGUUGGGAGCAGGAGAGGCUCUGCGCAGGGUCAUGGAGUGUCUCGCCUCCGGGAUCCUGCUCCCAGGUGGACCGGGGCUGCACGACCCAUGUGAAAAGAAACCAACGGACACACUGGCGGCCAUGACGGACGAGCAGGCAGAGGCCAUCACGUACAGUGCACAGCACUCUCUCCGGCUGAUGGCUUUCGGUCAGAUCUACAAAGUCUUGGAGAUGGAUCCACUUCCUUCCAACAAACCCUCAUCAAAAUACCCCUGGUCAGAUAAAGAAGGUUCAGGGCUAAAGAGGCCCUAUGAGGACGGCCUGAUGGAUGACAAAGACCUCAUCAAGAAAAUGAAACGCAAUCUGAGAAAAGUUUUAGACAGUAAAGCAAUAGACUCUAACCAGCCCAUGAAUGCCCUCAUGCGGCUGAAUCAGAUCCGUCCGGGCCUGCAGUACAAGCUCCUGUCUCAGUCUGGUCCGGUUCAUGCUCCAGUCUUCACCAUGUCCGUGGAUGUGGACGGAACCAUCUAUGAAGCCUCAGGCUCUUCCAAGAAAACGGCCAAGCUGCACGUAGCUGUUAAGGUGCUGCAGGCGAUGGGAUACCCAACGGGCUUUGACACAGACCUGGACUCCAUGAGUGCAGACGAGAAGUCGGACAGCGAGGGCAAGAGUGAAACAUCAACACACUCGAGCAAUAAUACAUCACACUCCACAGACAGCUCCAACACACUGGAGGUGCGAACUCAGGGUCCUAUUCUGACAGCGAGUGGUAAGAACCCAGUCAUGGAGCUGAAUGAGAAACGACGAGGCCUCAAAUACGAGCUGAUCUCAGAGAGCGGUGGCAGCCAUGACAAACGCUUUGUCAUGGAGGUGGAGGUUGAUGGACAGAAGUUCCGAGGUGCAGGACCCAAUAAGAAAGUAGCUAAAGCUAGUGCUGCCCUGGCCGCUCUGGAGAAACUGUUUUCGGGACCCAACGCUGCUGGCAACAAGAAGAAAAAAAUCCUCCCUCAGAAUAAAGGAGCGAUCGCUGCUGCUGCCGCUGCCUCUGCUGUCGCGGCUCAGGCUGCUCGAGGAAGAGGAAGAGCUGCACUCGCACGAGGAGCCUUCGUCAGUGCCGCCGCACCAGGCUAUGUCACACCAGGUUUUGGAAGCCCGUAUGGCUACGGCGCUGCAGCCGCUGCUCCUGCAUACGGUGGUCUUUUCAUUGACAAUCCCUUUUACCAGCCACGGACCAUCGCACCUUUUAUUAUUCACUUGGGUCCUCAAGAUCUCUUCUCUGACUUCUAGAACCAUCAGGUUGUGUGGCUCUAAAGUGUCGUGUACCGCUCCAGGCUUGACCAGUCUCUCUCUCCCACACGAACGCCCUAAAACACUGCACACACUCCUUUCUCCCAAACACAAGCAGCUCGUAACGAAAGCAAUACCUGAUUUGUGGAACCUUGGCUCACCGCUGAGGAUUUUGGCAAUACACGUGAAAUUAUUAUUUUUUAACAGCUUGAAGCUUUUCCUGAGAUGAUGUGAAUGUUCAGUCCUGAAUCUUGCGCUGCAAUAUAUUCAUUUUCACUGUAUAUUCCUGAAUGAAUACGUGAUAUAAAUAUAUGCAUAUAUAUGUAUGGUAAAACUACUAUAAAUAUAUAUGUGUAGAUACACUGAUGUACUUAUGUAUAUUUCUAUACUAUAUAUACACACACUUAAAUAUUGUUGGUAUAAAUUAUUUUAGAAAGUGAAAUGUAACUAUUAUAACCUUAGUAUAUAACGAAUAGCUUUCUCUUCCAGUUUUAUAUAUACACUGAGCAAUUUAACGUAAUCAUUUAAUCUAUAUUAACAUGCAAUACGAACGCCCUUUUCUUAAUCUACAGCUCGUAGAUUAGCGAUGCUUCCUCUUCUGCGUCUCAGCGGCUUAACCAUGUCUGCUCGUUAGAUUAGAGGGUGUGUGUGUGUGAGAACUUUAACCAAAGCCUGGUGUUUUGGCUCUUCACCACAUCAUUUUCAUGUAGCAAUACGCAACAAUUCUCGCACCUCUCUCUCACACACCGUCCUGCGCAGCUGCUCGUGUUUUGUCCACACACUCGGAUCAGUUAGUGUUGUUUUUUUUUUAAAAAAAGCACAAUCCAAGUUAACAGUUUACUCUGAACCAGAAACCUCAGCCCUGUUUUUAUCACAUUUAAUAAUUAAACCAGCAACAGCUGUAGAGUUCAGUGCAAAUGUUUGUACACCCUCAGGACAAUUUGAGGGUGAAAGUUUCGUUUUUUUUCUUCCCCCUCCCCGUGCACGUUCCUUUUUCCUGUAUAUCCUCCAUCUAUAUAUUUGUACUCAAAUGGAAUCUUAAACAGCAGCUCCAUGCAAAAUAUAUAGCUCAAGAAUAAUUCAUACUGCUGUACUCUUGAAUCAUUUUCCAAAAUAACGUGUAUAGACAAGGUCCGAGACACUUUUUUUUUUAAAUCACCUUGUUCUGGAAAAUAACCAUUGUUUUUAAUGUCUUAUAAUUCCACUGAGUGGUGUAUUUUCCGAUGUUAAAUAAAUACAGGGGAUGCAAACUUUUGCCUUCGCCUAGGCUACAAAUUCACAAAUAGGAUUAAUCAAAUCAGCAAAAGAUUGUUUGUUUAGUAAACUCGAGUGUGCUGUAAGUGAAUAUUAACGCUUAAGUUCCCUUUAAUGACCAUUUAAAAAAAUGUAAAUACUACUUACAGAUUUUACCCAAUAAGUAUCUUUUAAUAUUAUUGCUAUGCCUAUAAAAUAUCGUACACUUUAGUAGUAGAUUGUAGCUUUCAAGCGCAGCUGUAGGAUUAAAAAUACGACUUGUUUAUUUAGACAUUUGUUAAUGCUAGUUGCUGGAACUUUGAUCUGAGCCAAAAAAAAAACAAAACACAAAUUAGACUUCAGUCUGGUUUGAUGGUCAUCUUUAUUUAAUUUGUUAAAAGUACAGGAAAAAUACGAUCAUGCAUCAGAUUUAACCACAGUUAAAGUUGAGGUUCUUCUUGAAGCAGAAGAAGGACUUGGGACUUUUUUUUUUCCCCCCUCUUGGGAGUUAAGGGUGGUUCCAUGAGCAAGAGACCGCAAGCGGCUUCUGAUUUUUCUCUCUCUCACACACACACACACACGUCCCUUUCUUCAUUCUGUCCACACCAAUUUUCUUCCCUCCCUUACCUCUGAGUGGGUUCAGGUGUCCAGCAGUAGGCAUCCAUGAUGGAUUGAUUUUAUUUAUUUACUGAAGUGCUCUCAGAGCUACGUCUCUGUCUGAAGAUGAAGCAGUAAACCUUGUAAUGAGGGUUUGUGCCUCUGAACAGAGUGAAGCUGAGAGUGCUCUAAUGAGCUCGACUAGAAUAGUGCAGUUUGCCUUUGCAUGGCAGUACUAUAUCCAUCUUGAAGCAGACUAUUCACUAUUGGACCGUCUUUUGGCACUGACAAAUACUGCAGUUUGUCUUUGCACAGGUGACUUUCAGCUACUUAGGAACUAAAUCUGUUGAAAAUGUCUUGAACAUUUCUGCAGCGUACCUCAGCUUUCUGCUCAGGCUAGGAAACCAGUUGCCAUGACAACCAUGUUGUAAACUGUCUAGAAAUGGGGUAGAGCGAUUCAUAUAUUUAAAAAAAAAUUAUUACAAUCUUUCACAAAAAUAAACCAGGGACUCGUGUGAGUGAUGUGAGAAUCAGAAGCAGGCUAGGAAUUUAUUUUGUGAACCUGAAGCCUCGCUGGUGAAAUUGAGCAGGCUUUGGUUUCUGUGUCGGCGAGUCAUGAGGUUCACAAAAUGAAUCGCUCGCAUGUGAAUCCUCACAGCAUUAGUGACAGAGCGCUCUCCUUUUUUUUUUUUUCUGCCCCUUUCCCUCCCUAGAGUCAGGAAUGUACACAAGUAGAAUGUAUUUAUCACAGAAGCGCUAUGUGCAUUUUAUGUAAAACAUGCAAGUAUAUAAAAUACAUGAAUGAUGUAAAUGAACUUUUAAAAGAAACAGUAACGUAUGGGUGCUUUUUGCCCUUAUUUGUAUUUACAUCUCUGUAAACGUGGCUGGGGUCGCAGCCCAUCCGCUCUUCCACAGGUCUGCUGCUGUAGAUAUUCGCUCUGUCUGGGCGGUUCAAUGUCAACUCUGCGUUAUCUGUUUUCACAAUUUUUUUUUAAAAUGUGACUUGCAAAGAAAACCAUUUACACACUUAUCUACACUUGAAAUGUUAUUAAAAGGACAUAAUCAUGUGACGUGGCAACUGUGCACAAGUUCCGCGAGCGAGCUGUGCGAGUAGACUCGGCCGUAAAACACGACAGCACUCGAUGUUCGCUAGCUGUGGUGAGUGAUUAGUGAAAACACCCUGGUGGUCUCUGUCUGUCACUGUAUUUGCUAUAAACAAAAUAACGUACGAAAAUUCUUUGAAGUGUAAACUUUUUUUAAAGCAAAUAAAUAUGUACUGAUUAUGAACCA